AUGGUUUAUAGAAAUACCUCCAGAAGUUCCGAUCCCAGAACCGUCCCUGGCGAAAACAAAGCCCGCGACGGCCUCAAGCCCGACAUUACGACCUACGACCGAAACUACCAACCCUCUAAGGACCACGAUAAUGUCCCCGACUUCACCAUCGCCGACCGCGUCGAUGAAUUCAAGAAUGACAAAACGUACGAUGCAUUCGACGACACACUCCAGCAUGAAUCGCGCGACCCCGAGUUCCCUUUCGAGAUGCAGACAACUGAUGGGCGGAAAACGCGCGGCCAGAUAUCCGCGUACGCGAGCGCCAUCCUCCAACUGCAAUUCCGCUUCUUCUGCUUCUCCAUACUCCACAUGAAGACUCGCGCCCGACUCAUCCGCUGGGAUCGCGCCGGCGCAAUUGUCUCGGAGGCAUUCGAUCCGAUACGCACGUCGUUUCUGACCGACUUCAUUUGGCGGUACAGUCACAUGAACCGCGCCCAGCGUGGCUUCGAUGGUUCUGUCAGACUAGCUCAAGAGGUGAUAUCACCGGAUGAAGCCCAAGAGCUGCGCAACAGGCUCAUUGUCAAGGAAGAGGAGAGGAUGCCCGAUACGGUGGGAAUGCACUCGGACCGUAAGCUGUAUCAGCUCGUCACGGCACCCUUCCGCUCCGUCGAUCCAAUAACGGCCAACUAUCCUGUCAAUAAGCACGAACAACAGGAUCUCGUUGUCUUCAAAUCAGCCGAGGACGUGGACUCUGACGACGACCAAGAGGACCCCAAGGGCAAGGGCAAGAUGAAGGACAAGCACAAUGUCUUCUACCUCCUAAGCCCACGAUUCGUUUUCGACCGGAGUCCAUUCGGUAAAUCGACGCGGUCCUUCGUCGUAAUAAGCAGUGGACAGUACUUCCAUCUCAAGGAUACGUAUCGCGUCCCUACAAUCCACUAUACGCCCGAGCACCAGGUUCUCGAAGAGCUCCGCGAGAACAAGGUGGUGCGUAUCCCUACCGUAUUGCGUGCGUGGGACGUCGCACCGCAUGGGUGUUAUGACACCGCGUUCGGCACCGUAUUCGCAGAGUUCGAAGGUCGGUAUAGUUUGAAGGACGGCAGAGUCGUACGUAGGGCGCAGCGGGUUCUGAGGCCGUACAGGUUAAUCACGCGUGAGAUCGCGCGAGAUCUGGAGACCUUCGAGAGCUGGAAUCAGGUAUCCUUGAUCAUGCGCGAUACGCUUGGAGUCCUGAUGUACGCAGAGAGAGCUGGCUGGCGUCACCGCGACAUCAGCCGCGGCAACAUCAUGAUUUAUGAAGGCCGUGGUUUCCUCAUCGACUGGGACCUGGCACAGCGCUCCCACCUCCUCAACCAAGGAAAGCCCAGGAUGCCGGAUCACACGGGCACUUGGCAAUUUAUCUCGACAGCCAGACUGCUAGACCCUGCGAAUACGCCGCACCUUGCGGUCGACGAUAUGGAGUCCGUAUUUUGGGUCUUCCUGUACCUCGCACACAAGUGUGGCAACCACGGGCUGACCGGCCAAGCAGUGGGCAUCUUUCUUACGGACACAUUCGACCACAAACGAUCCCAGGACGGUAUAUUGAUUGGUGGUUCUAUCAAGCAAGGUAUCAUAAUGGCCAAUAACCCCGAUUAUGCCAUCAAAACGGUGUUCACUACUCCCCAAGCACUCAACGAUAUCCUCCAGCACAUGCGGUUCGCCUUAUCUGUGCGGUACGAGAAGCCGGUGCCACAGGUAUUUUCCCUCAAUACCUUUGACGAGGCCGGAAGAAAGGAGGCGGAAAAGGACCGUCAGAAGAGUGCACAAAAACAUGCCGAUGAAAUGAAGAGACUCCAGGAUCCCGUUUACCUUCGACAACUCCUCAAGUAUUACACUUCCGACCCGGCGUUUGACUGGUCCGGCGAUUGUCCAGCCAUUUCUCGUGAAAUUCCUCGCAAACUAGAUCAGGCAUCCGGACUCUCCGCUUCCAAGCGCUCUUACUCGAAUCGGGGCCACAGGAGUACAGGUACGUCUUUCGAAGGUGCUAGGCCAUCGGAUUCAAUCACUGUCUCGCGGGAUGUCAUCGAUGACGAUGACGACGACGACGACGACGACAAGCCCAAGAGGUCAUACAAGAAGCAGCGGAGAGCGUACUCGGCCACCACGAGCGUCGCUGCUUCGCAUGUCGGGGGCGGGCGCUUUCAGCUUGUGGGCGCCGACUCAGACGAGCUGGGUAUUCGACCACGAGUCGAUGAUGAAGAUUCCGAUGCAGAAGAUGUGGCGUGGCGUGAGGCGGUGGCAAAUCUUCAGGCGGCGGCGAAUGGCGCGGGCGACAACGACAUUCAACUCCCCGAUGUGGAGAUGAGGGAAUCAAGCUCGGAGGGUGUCAGCAGCGGGUUGGAGAGUUCUUACUCUAGGUCGCAGACUUCUAGUCCUCUACCGCCUUCGAGUCCGUCAUCUGCAGGCAACGACUUUGGUGACAGACAUCAGGACGAAGACGAAGACGAAGACGAGGACGAGGAGGACGAGGACGAGAUUGAGAUCGGACCAUCUGGGCGGCAUUCACAGUCGACUUAGGUUGCGGAAGCAAAGUCUUUGAUUGCUCCGCUGCGAGUCUCUUCUCAGUACUAUCACGGCCCCUUCGUCAUGGCUCUCCUCUCAUAUAUUCCAACGCGCAAUCUGUCCAUCCCCUGUCGUUUCCUUCAGCUACACCACCAGUACGUACUUUCAUUGUUUAUGUCGAUCACGUUUUGCUAUCUCGCAUGCUUUGGUUUCC